GAAAAAAAAGAUGAACCACACUUCCCACAGCCUUGGAGUUGUCCUUCCUCUCCCCUUGGAGUCCAUUCCCGCCAAAAUCCUCGAAGAUGGUGGAAAAAGUGUGGGUUACGUACAAUCAGGUGCACAAGCUGUGCCAGGAGUCCGCCGACCAGAUCCUCUCCGAGUUCAAGCCGAACCUGAUGGUCGCCAUCGGCGGCGGCGGCUACGUUCCCGCGCGCAUCCUCCGCUCCUUCCUCAAGCGCGACGGCAACCCCAACAUCCCCAUCCAGGCCAUCGGCCUCUCGCUCUACGAACAGAUCGGCACCGACCCGCAGGUCGAAGAGAUUGGCACGAAAGUCACUCGCACGCAAUGGCUCGAUCUCAGCAGUCUCGAGAUGGCCAACUUGAUCGGGAAGAAUGUGCUGAUUGUGGAUGAGGUGGAUGACACGCGGACUACCCUGCAGUAUGCUGUCACGGAGCUGGAGAAGGACGUUGCGACUGCCGCGCAGAUGUCGGGUAGGCAGGGGGAGAAGACGAAUUUUUCCAUCUUUGUCCUGCACAACAAGGAUAAGCCGAAGAGGGGGCAUCUUCCGCAGGAUAUGAUGAGUGAGGGACGGUAUAUUGCCGCGCGGACGGUGGGCGAUGUGUGGAUCAACUAUCCCUGGGAGGCUACCGACAUCGAUGAGCACGAUAAGAUGGCCGCAAGCAAAGCCUAGAGAACGGUGGAUAUCAGAGGCAUGGCAUGCAUGGCGUUAAACUUGGCUGGAGAGGAGGCUCGCCGUUCCAAUUCCCACCUGCUUGCCGUUAA